AUGCCCCAUUUCUGGCUCGCUCUGCGGAGUGUGCUUGUGGAAUACUGGGUCGGGGUCCUGGUUUGCGGCUUUUGGAUGCAGUCUUCGCAUGGGAUGCCCCAUGUCAUCCGGAUAGGAGGAAUUUUCGAGUAUGCAGAUGGCCCCAACGCCCAGGUUAUGAGUGCCGAGGAGCAAGCCUUUAGAUUUUCUGCCAAUAUUAUCAAUAGAAAUAGAACUUUGUUGCCUAACACAACAUUAACCUAUGACAUUCAGAGGAUACACUUCCAUGACAGCUUUGAAGCCACUAAGAAAGCCUGUGACCAGCUCGCCCUGGGGGUUGUAGCAAUAUUCGGGCCUUCUCAAGGCUCCUGCACCAAUGCUGUUCAGUCUAUUUGCAAUGCACUGGAAGUCCCCCAUAUACAACUUCGGUGGAAGCAUCACCCUUUGGAUAACAAGGACACUUUCUAUGUCAACCUUUACCCCGACUAUGCGUCUCUCAGCCAGGCCAUUCUGGACCUUGUACAGUAUUUGAAAUGGAGGUCAGCUACCGUUGUUUAUGAUGACAGUACAGGCCUGAUACGGCUGCAGGAGCUUAUCAUGGCCCCGUCAAGGUACAACAUCCGGCUGAAGAUCCGCCAGCUGCCCAUCGACACGGAGGAUGCCAGGCCCCUGUUGAAGGAGAUGAAGAGAGGCCGGGAAUUCCGCAUCAUCUUCGACUGCAACCACUUGAUGGCAGCUCAGAUCCUCAAACAGGCAAUGGCAAUGGGAAUGAUGACGGAAUACUACCACUUCAUCUUCACUACUCUGGAUCUUUAUGCACUAGACCUAGAGCCAUACCGCUACUCUGGAGUGAACCUGACUGGCUUCCGGAUCCUCAACGUGGAGAACCCUCACGUGUCGGCCAUCACUGAGAAAUGGUCCAUGGAGCGGCUGCAGGCUGCGCCCAGGGCGGAGUCGGGCCUGCUCGACGGGGUCAUGAUGACAGAUGCUGCCCUGUUGUACGACGCAGUUCACAUCGUCUCAGUGUGCUACCAGCGAGCCCCACAGAUGACUGUUAACUCCCUGCAGUGCCAUCGACACAAAGCCUGGAGGUUCGGGGGCCGCUUUAUGAAUUUUAUAAAAGAGGCCCAAUGGGAAGGAUUAACUGGGCGUAUUGUCUUCAACAAAACCAGUGGAUUAAGGACAGAUUUUGACUUGGACAUCAUCAGCCUCAAAGAAGAUGGUCUCGAAAAGGUUGGAGUGUGGAACCCAUCUGAUGGUUUGAACAUCACGGAAAUUUCCAAGGGGCGAGGACCCAACGUCACAGACUCACUAACCAACAGAUCUCUUAUUGUCACCACUGUCCUGGAAGAGCCCUUCGUCAUGUUUCGGAAGUCAGACACAGCCCUCUUCGGGAACGACCGCUUUGAAGGUUACUGCAUUGACCUUCUGAAGGAGCUGUCACACAUCCUGGGCUUUACCUAUGAUAUCCGGCUGGUGGAGGACGGGAAGUAUGGCGCACAGGAUGAGAAGGGGCAGUGGAACGGGAUGAUGAAGGAACUCAUUGACCAUAAAGCUGAUCUGGCCGUUGCUCCUCUCACGAUCACCCACGUCCGGGAGAAAGCGAUAGACUUCUCCAAGCCUUUCAUGACAUUGGGGGUCAGCAUUCUGUACCGGAAGCCCAACGGGACCAAUCCCAGUGUGUUUUCCUUCCUCAACCCCUUGUCUCCUGACAUUUGGAUGUACAUUCUCCUCGCCUACUUGGGGGUCAGCUGUGUGCUGUUUGUCAUAGCCAGGUUCAGCCCGUACGAGUGGUACGACGCUCACCCCUGCAACCCAGGCUCAGACAUCGUGGAGAAUAACUUCACCCUGCUCAACAGCUUCUGGUUUGGAAUGGGAGCACUAAUGCAGCAAGGGUCUGAGCUGAUGCCCAAAGCUCUGUCUACACGGAUCAUUGGCGGCAUCUGGUGGUUCUUCACGCUCAUCAUCAUCUCGUCCUACACAGCCAACCUUGCUGCCUUCCUGACUGUGGAGAGAAUGGAAUCCCCCAUCGACUCAGCAGAUGAUCUGGCAAAGCAAACAAAAAUAGAGUAUGGAGCUGUGAAGGAUGGAGCUACCAUGACCUUCUUCAAGAAAUCCAAAAUUUCCACCUUCGAAAAAAUGUGGGCGUUCAUGAGCAGCAAACCAUCAGCACUCGUUAAAAAUAACGAGGAAGGAAUCCAGCGAGCCCUCACUGCAGAAUACGCCCUCCUAAUGGAGUCCACCACUAUUGAAUAUAUCACACAAAGGAACUGCAACCUGACCCAGAUUGGGGGACUGAUUGACUCCAAAGGCUAUGGGAUUGGAACUCCCAUGGGUUCACCGUACCGGGAUAAGAUCACCAUCGCUAUCCUCCAGCUCCAAGAGGAAGACAAGCUGCACAUAAUGAAAGAGAAAUGGUGGCGGGGGAACGGCUGCCCUGAGGAGGAGAGCAAAGAGGCCAGCGCUCUGGGGAUACAGAACAUUGGUGGGAUUUUCAUUGUCCUAGCAGCAGGCUUGGUGCUGUCGGUCUUCGUGGCAAUGAUCGAGUUCAUCUACAAGCUGCGCAAAACAGCGGAGCGUGAGCAGCGCUCCUUCUGCAGCACCAUGGCCGAUGAGAUCCGGCUGUCGCUCACCUGCCAGCGGAGGGUCAAACACAAAGCCCAGCCACCCAUCAUGGUGAAGACGGACGCUGUGAUCAACAUGCACACGUUCAACGACCGACGGCUACCAGGGAAGGACAGCAUGACGUGCAAUACUGGGCUGACGCCCGUGUUUCCAUAG